AUGUCGGCUCCAGGAUCCGGAAUUCCCAAUGCUGCUUCAGGGUCAUCUAGCGGUGUGAAGAAGGGUUUCCCUCAGGUUGACCUGUCAGGCAAUGACCUUCCACCUUCCCCUGCUCCGUCUAGCCCUCAUACUGGACGCCGGUAUAAUAUUGCCACCGAGCUGGUUUUCACCGAGGGCAGUGACCAAUACAAUGCCAGCAGCGUUCCUAUCUAUCAGAGUGCUACCUUCAAACAAACCUCCAACGCCGGCGGUGGAGAGUAUGACUAUACACGGUCCGGAAACCCCCACUCGCACACAUCUUGA